AUGCUGACCAUCAAGCUCUGCAAGGCGUGCAAAGAUGGAAACGUCAACGAAGUGAAGGAGCUGCUGGAAUCUGGGGCAACCCCAAACUUUGCCUGCAAUGCAGAUAGUCACCGCUCCCCCCUCCAUUUGGCUGCCAGAAAUGGACACACCGAGAUAGUGAAGCUCCUUCUGCAGAACGAAGCGGCAGUGGAUCCUCUUGAGGCCUCUAAUGCGUGGACCCCGCUGAUGUUAGCUGCGCUGAAGUCCGCUGACUCGCCGCGGCAUGUGGCUGUGAUGAUGGCGCUCCUCGACAACGGGGCUGAUGUCGAGGUGGCAGAUGCGAAGGGCAACACGGUUCUGCACAUCUUGGCUUCGUUGGGUCAAACGGAGCUGAUUAGAAGGCUUCUGAAGCAGUUUUCAGCUCUCGACAUCCUCGGACCAGGCUUCGGGUACAUGACGCCCCUGCACUACGCCACCGAAGCUGGGCACCUCGAGACUGUGGAAUUCCUGCUGCAGCAAGGCGCCGAUCCUCGGGGUGUGGAUGCUACUGGCUGGACUCCGAUGCAUUGGGCCUGUAGAAGGGGUAGCAAGCAAAUUGUUGAGAGACUCUUGAUGGCCGGUGGCAGUCUUGAAGACCGUGAUUUCAGGUCUUUGACAGCCCUAGAUGUCGCCUGUGUUUUUGGCCACACAGCUUUGGCGAAGCUCCUGGAAGAUCCGGAAGCGGAGCAGAAGAACGCUGACGGCGAUGACGACCAGCCGCUUUCACUGGGCGUCCCGACAGACCCUGCGAAGGAGACAGUUUUCCCCACGUCUUCUCCUCUCCGUGUCGAGAAGUUGCGGGAUAAGUCGAAGUUGCUCGCCGUGCAGGCCUAUCGGCGAUUGCUCUGCUGGACUCUGGGGCCCUGCGUUGUUUGCCUGUCGCUGUACGACUACGCGUCCAGGAUUUCGCUGGCGGUGUUUCUGGCUGCGGCAGCGCAAGGCUUUGAGCAGCAGCUGGGAGCUACGCCCUAUGCAGCGGUAGCUCUCUUAAUCCUCUCCGUUGUUGUUCCUAGUGCAGGCUUCGGCAUUUGUUGCAGCCGUCAUCUGAGGUCCACCAUCUCUUGGGCAGCCUCACAGGCCGCGCGCAUCGUUCACCUCGCCGCGAACUCCGACAGCGGUGGCGCCAGCUCGAAGCCAGCAAGGGGCCUACUGCGGCGCUGCAGCCUCCGGUGUCUCUUUGCCGCAGACCUAUUUGUUCGCCUGCAGAACCGGCUUGUUCCUCGAGGCUCAACGAAAGGCGUGCACCUCGCUGCUGCAAUGUGCGCCUUGGUGCCCGCAGCGGCGGCCUGCUGCGUCCUCCUGAUCUUGCAAGUCCUCUUGGUGGCUGCAGCGGCACUCGGUGCUGCUACAGCCUUGUGGGCAUGCGGAUCGAUCGGCGUCGUCAUGCUCAAGCUCUUCUUGGUGCAUCCAAGCAUCCUUCUGCGGUACCUGGACUGUCUAACCCAUGGAACUGCCGUGAAGCUCCCGGCAAGGGAGGCGGAGAAAAUUCGACCUGCUGAAGCGCUCUCCCCCAGUGUGGCAGGGGCAGCGAGCAGGAAAGCAGAACUCAAGAGGCUUGAUGAAACAGGACCGGAAGGCCAUGCGUCGGAGGACGAUGCUGCGUCUCCAUCUCCACUUGCGCUCCUCGAAACGUCCUCAGGUUCCCAGGUGGGAGAAGGCCGUCUCCGGGUGAUAGGCGAGGAGGGAGUCGACGGGGUGUCCUCCAGCACUGGCUGCCAUAACGAGCCGCGCAGAAGCCUGUGCAGCGAAGCUCCGGAGGCAGCCUCAGAGGAGGCUCACGCUGCAGCGGCGUCAGGUGCUGGGCGUAGGAGAACGCCUUGGGAGCUGCCCUUGCCAAGAAAGCGCUUUUAUGCACACUACGCCACUGCAACCCUUGAAGGCAGAAUCCCCCAGCAGCUUCAUCCCUGCCCCUCGCUGAAAGGCGCCAUCCAACUGCACCGGCAGCACGCGGAGGGAUGCAGAGACGUCCACUGUCGGCUAACGCAUGGGACGCUGCCCUUUGCCUCCGCAUCCCGCAAGUCCGUUUUCGCCUUGGAUAUGCACAGCCUGAUGCAGGCAGAAGAGCAGGCGGCAUCUGAGGGCAAAGCUCGGGAAGGGCUUCCCGAGGCUGGCUGGCGCUUCACCGGCAGCAGCGACGCGCUUCAAGCUGCUGCCGCUCUGAGGAGGGCGGGAACAUUGCAGUCCUCUGAGCCCAUUACUGGCGAAAAAUCGAAAGAGAGGUCCUUGUCGACGCGACUUCAAGGGAGCUCGCUGUCUGAAUCCCGGUUGGCGGCUCUCUCCGCCUCCGGCACGCGACCGAACGGAAGCGCAUUGGAGGAGGCCCCUGCCCUCCUCGCCUUCGCCUACGGAGUUUCCAGCGAAGGAGUGGACGUGGCGCCUUCUUCUACCCAUGAAGAAGAAUCGGCAGGUGCUGCAAGCGAGACCGCUGGCUCGAGAAGGAAGACGGAUGCUGCAAUCACGCUGUCGGAAAGCGUGGUGUCUCUCCUGGUCCGCGCUAGCCCCUAUCGGUGGAUCAGGCAACACGCUGGGCAGCAGUCUGCGGAUUCGCCGCAAAGCUCUCCGACGAGUCCGUGCUUUAUCUUUUUCGACGGAAUGCGCACUCCCAGGCUAGGCCUUUCCAACCCCCAGCAGGCGCAAGAAAAAAGCGCAAGGUCCUGCCGCUUAUACUCCCAGCUCAAGACGCCGCGCGACGCUGCGGGCUCCGCUAAGACCAGUUCUGCAUGUAGGGGCCUCAAGCUUCUGUUCGCCGAUCCACAACUGCAGCGGGGAGGAGGAGGAGGCGACGGCGGGAGCUCCGAGGCGCUAGCACGGAGGCGCACUCAAUAUUCUUCCUUGGCCUUUCGAGUCCUCAAGAGCCGAAAGCAAAGAGCACUGCCAUCCCAGCUCGAUCCACCAGCCUACAAUGCCAUGAUCCUGAAGAGGAAGCAGUGUAUAUACUCAUGGUAUGAGCGCCUAGUUGGUCUUCGGUAUGCUGAGGUUGAAGGUGCACGAAGUAAGACUGCAGAAAAAAAGGCAUAUGAGCUCACUUCAGAAAGCGCACAGCCUACGUGCGAGGGGCACCCAGAAGAAGCUGGAUCCGCUUUAAGCUAUUCAGCCAUUUCCAGCCACUGCGGCUACAGGCAAGUAUCAGAUACCAGCAUCAAAUGGAGCAGCUUUGACUCUCUAUUUCAGCAGGACGAAGGAAAGAAGGCGACGCACAGGAAAAACCCCGAGGAGCUGUGGAAGCCCGAGGAUGUUACGCUAUACCCCCGCGCCGAUCCACGCGCGCUCGCGUGCAUGCCUGCAGAGGACCUCUUCGAUUUGCAUUCCACACCCAGCCCUUCGACGCUUCAGCAUUAUGCCAUUCCUAUCCAGCCACACCACCACAAGCAGCAAGAGGGGCACGGGCCUUCCACGGACUGCCAGCAGUCCUCGCAGCUUGUCAGCGCGGCGGAGCACUGCAACGCAAACUGCACUUUCAGAGACGUAGCUACAGACCAGCAGCUUCAGACCGCGCUACACUAUCGGUUCAAGGAUAUGGUGGAGAUGCCGCAUCUGCGCGAGAUGUUUUUCGCUGCCUGGUGCCGCGAGUUUGAAAAGCUGCUCACGUAUCAGGACACGUGCUUUGGAAGCAACCCUAUGUGGGUUGAGAACGCCCUAGAAGAAGAUAGCGUUAGUGCCUUUUCGGUGGGCUUCUUAGAUUCUUCGCCGGUUAGCGAAGGAGAUACCGCGAGCUCUCUUCUUCGGCCGAGUAUUAGGGAAAAGGCUGAAAUGGCAGAUUCCAAACAGGGGGAAGACAGGCCUAAAGAAGUGUUCUGGGUGUUUCCGGAGCACGUGCAUGUAGAGCGCGCGGAACGAUCGCGUAAGGCCGCUGAUCCGAGUGCGAUUGAUGGCGAUGGAGGAAGCGGAGACGGCGCGGAGGGCCUCUCAGAUUGCUGCAGCGGUUAUGUCCCUCCGGAACCCCCCAUGAUGUGCGCCGUUGCCGUGAGUCGGUGUAAACUUGAGGCGUGGAAGCACGACACGUCUGUUAAAACAGAAGGCUAUCUCGUAAAGGGCUCUGCCUUCGGCUCCACCCUGAGCAGCCACGCCACUUCCUCCCCGUCGUCUCUGUGGGGUGACUUCGAGAAGUUGACCCUGACAGACGAGGACAAUGAUGUCUCGCCCGCAGAGGGCAAGUCCGUGCUGGUCGUGGAGGCAUGCAGGUUUUUGUUCGCUUUAGCCUUGACUCUUGACCUGCUGGGCCUCUUCCCUUUGCUGAGUGCCAUCGUCCUGCUGUACCUGCUGCCGCACCGCCUGUCUCCGCACUCUGCCUCUCGAGCCGCGGACCCUUCUGCCUUCCCGGCUGUCUGCGCUGAGACUGCUGCAAGCCCUGCAGGCUUCCCUGGGGGAUACUUAGUGGCAUCCCGGCCGUUAAGCUUCACAGCGACCUUGUGCGCGCUGGACAUGCUACCCUUCUGGAGCCUCAUGCUGAUAGUGGCGAUAGCUGUAGUGCAUGCGGGCCUCCUCUUCGGCCAAGCUGGCCGCAUAUUCUUCCUUCCGCACGGCGCUACCGCGCACGUUGGUGAUAGCAUGCAGCACGACCUGAGUGCGUCUGCAGGUACUACGGGGGAAAUGGAGCCUUGUCCGGAUCGAACACUCCAUGAAACUAGACAGGAUCAACUGGGAUGUGCAGCAGAGUUGCUCCCUUCAGAUCGAAUGACGCACAUACAAUAA